AUGCAACCAAGACAAGAAAUUACCUUUGACAUAGAAGAUCAGCCUCAAAUAUUCGCUGAUGCUACUCCAAAAAUAAGAUCAAUCAGAUUUGGUGAUUGGGAAAUGGAUACAUGGUACGUAGCUCCUUAUCCCGAGGAAUACAGUUGGUAUCCAACGCUUUAUAUUUGUGAAUAUUGCUUGAAAUAUAUGAAGAGCAAAUAUAUUGCAGAUCGACAUAAGAUGAAAUGUCCGAUGAAACAUCCGCCUGGUGACGAAAUUUAUCGAGAUGGACAAAUCUCGAUCUUUGAAGUCGACGGACGUAAAAAUACUAUCUAUUGUCAAAAUUUAUGUCUUUUGGCUAAAAUGUUUUUGGAUCACAAGACACUUUAUUAUGAUGUAGAACCGUUCUUGUUUUAUGUUAUGACCGAAAUUAAUGAUAUGGGAUGUCAUUUUGUGGGGUACUUUUCUAAGGAAAAACGUUCCCCUUUGAACUAUAACGUGUCAUGUAUUUUAACAUUACCCAUUCAUCAGCGAAAAGGAUAUGGAAAUUUACUAAUUGAAUUUAGUUACCUUUUAACAAAAAGGGAAAACAAAACAGGAUCACCAGAGAAACCUUUAUCUGAUCUUGGUCUUCUCAGUUAUCGUUAUUAUUGGCGCAACGUACUUUUCGAAGUGCUCAAUAAUUCACCAGAUGCUCUUAGUAUCGAAGAGCUAAGUCGUGUAACAAGUAUGACAGUUAACGAUAUCAUAGCCACCCUUCAGAUUAACAAUAUGUUGGUGAGAGAUGAAGAAAAUGGCACAUAUAGGAUCGUUGUUGACAAAGACUUAAUUAAGAAUCAUCUUGAUAAGGUGACAUCUAAAGGGUAUCCAAGAAUAAAAUCAGAAAAUCUUCGAUGGACACCAUUUAUUUUAACAAGAGUCUUGCGAAGAGUACAGGAUCUUGAAAAUGAAAGGAGCUUGGAUAUGCAUGAACAACAGAAUCCAAUUGAUCAUAUUAAUAAAUCAUUGGAUGAAAAUAUGGAUGCCGAUGAUUAA